AUGGAAAUUGUCUCUAUAGAAAACCAAACUAUUACUGAAUUCGUUCUUCUUGGUUUCUAUGAUAUAAUUGAGCUUCAUCCCCUUUUAUUUAUUGUGUUCACUGUCAUCUAUGUUUCCAUUAUAAUAGGCAAUAUGCUAAUCAUUGUGGCUGUGGUUAAUUCUCAGAGGCUCCACACACCCAUGUAUUUCUUCCUGGCUAAUCUGUCCUUCUUGGAGAUCCUCUAUACCUCCACAGUGGUGCCAAAAAUGUUGGAGGGCUUCUUGCAGGAGGUAGCCAUCUCUGUAGCUGGCUGCUUGCUCCAGUUCUUUAUCUUUGGUUCUCUAGCCACAGCUGAAUGCUUGCUGUUAGCCAUCAUGGCAUAUGAUCGCUAUUUGGCAAUCUGCUACCCACUCCGCUACCCACUCUUGAUGGGGCCCAGGUGGUGCUUGGUGUUGGUGACUAUAGCCUGGCUCUCUGGAUUCCUGGUAGAUGGAUUGGUUGUGAUCCUGAUGGUCCAGCUGAGAUUCUGUGGCCCUAACCACAUUGACCACUUUUAUUGUGAUUUCACGCCUUUGGUGAACUUGACCUGCUCAGAUCCCCACAUAGCCCAGAUGACAACAUUCAUACUCUCUGUGGUCUGCCUCACUGUUCCUUUUGGACUGAUUCUGACAUCUUACGCCUGGAUUGUGGCAACUGUGCUGAAAAUUCCAGCUGGGGCCAGCAGGCGAAAGGCUUUCUCCACAUGUUCCUCCCACAUAGUUGUUGUGUCCACAUUCUAUGGAACAUUGAUGGUUUUGUAUAUUGCACCCUCUGCUGUCCACUCCCAGCUCCUCUCCAAGAUCUUUGCCCUGCUCUACACUGUGGUCACCCCUCUCUUCAAUCCUGUAAUCUACACCCUGAGGAAUAAGGAGGUUCAUCAGGCACUACAGAGGCUUUUCUACAAUAAACAAAAUGGAAUAUUUGAUUGA